AUGGCUGGACCCUUGUACGAAAACCUAAAUAAGAUAAAAAUUCCUCUUGGAGGUGAUAAAGUUUUUAAGGAUGAAUGUGCAUAUUCAUUUGAUACCCCGGAAAGUCCCACUGGUUUAUAUAUUUGUAUGAACACGUUUUUGGGCCUUGGUAAGCAGCAUGUUGAACGACAUUGCAAAAAAUCUGGCAACACCGUCUUUCUGCAUAUUAAAAGACGAAGGAAAGCAAUACAUAAGGUUUCAGAAGACCCCCCUCCACAGAAGAAGCCAACCCGUUUAGCUAUAGGAGUUGAAGGAGGUUUUGAUGCCAAUCAGAAAACGUUUGAAUUUGUUGAAGAGACUUCGAUUGUUGUCUUGCCAGACUGGACAGUGUAUCCAUUUCCCAACCCUGAAUUACCAGAAAUGGUAAGAAUGUCUGCCAGUUCUAUUCUGGAAGCUGAGGAUGCUCUCAAGAUGGAAGAGGCAGCCAUGAUGGCUGCAGGUACCUGGGAAGGAGAUAAGAAAAUUAUUAGCAAAUAUGCUGAAAGUCUAAUACAGUUGGACAAUGGCAAGAAGAUUCCACCAACUGGCUGGAAAUGCGAACAGUGUGACUUGACCACCAAUCUCUGGCUGAAUCUUACGGAUGGUGCCAUUUUGUGUGGGCGCCGUUUCUUUGAUGGCACCGGUGGUAAUAAUCAUGCUGUAGAAUAUUAUCAGAAGACCAAGUAUCCCCUUGCAGUAAAAUUAGGGACAAUUACAGCUGAUGGCGCUGAUGUUUAUUCUUAUGAUGAAGAUGAAAUGGUGGAAGAUCCUUAUCUUGCAAAACAUCUUGCUCAUUUUGGCAUCAAUAUUUCUUCACUUCAAAAGACUGAGAAGACGAUGAUGGAACUUGAAAUUGAUUUGAAUCAAAAAAUUGGUGAGUGGGAUGUUAUUCAGGAAUCUGGUAGCCAACUAAAACCAAUCUAUGGUAAAGGUUACACAGGCAUGCGUAACCUUGGCAACAGCUGCUACAUGAACUCUGUUAUGCAAGUCAUUUUUACCAUCCCGGAUUUUAAAGAAAAAUAUUUUAACCACAUGGAGGAAUUGUUUGCAACAGCCCCUAAUGAUCCUACAUCAGAUUUUAAUGCUCAAAUGUCAAAAUUGUCUUAUGGUCUUCUUUCUGGAGAUUAUUCCAAGCCCCCCAAUGAGGAUGAAACAGAAGAGGCUGAAUAUUUGUCGCCUCCCAAAGGAAUUCGGCCACAGAUGUUUAAAAAUCUCAUUGGAAGAGGACAUCCAGAAUUUUCAUCGAAACGCCAACAAGAUGCACAGGAUUUUUUCCUUCAUUUAAUCAACUUUAUUGAGGGUUUUUUUGGGUUAAAAUUGUCUUUUUCUCUUCUCUUCAUUUUUUCUCUCUUCUCUUUCUUUUCUCUGUCUCUCUUUUCUCUGUCUCUCUUCUCUUUCUUUUCUCUCUUCUCUGUCUUUCUUUCUCUCUUUCUUUCUCUCUGUUUCUUCUGUCUCUGUCUCUCUUUCUUUCUCUCUGCUACCAAUAAAGUGGAAGUUUCUGCAUAUGAAGCAAAGAAAGCCCAGUUAGAAGCCCAAGGUCAAAAAAUUUCCCCUGAGGAAUUGGUAAGGCCAAGGAUUUCACUUACCUCAUGUAUAGAAUCCUUUGCAGCCGUAGAAACAAUAGAUGACUUUUACAGUUCAGCUUUACAAUCCAAGUCCAUUGUCCACAAAACAACAAGAUUUACUUCGUUUCCAGAUUAUCUUAUGGUCCAGUUGAAUAAGUUUGUUAUUGGCAAUGAUUGGGUGCCAAAGAAACUUGAUGUAUCAAUGGACAUUCCUGAUGAACUUGACCUCACUGGUCUGCAAGGCACAGGUCUUUUGCCUGGGGAAGAAGAGCUUCCAUCGGAAACAUCACAACCCGUUGUACGGAUAGAUGAUAAUUUAGUGUCCCAACUUCUUGAUAUGGGUUUUCCCUUGGAGGCUUGUCAAAAAGCAGUGUAUUAUACAAACAAUGCUGGCUUGGAGGUUGCUACCAACUGGGUGAUGGAACACAUCGGAGAUGAUGAUUUUAGCUCCCCUUUGCAACUACCAGGCAGUGAUCAGUCCAAGUCUGACGUUUGCCCCGAUGAGAGUACUCUUGCGAUCAUCAUGUCAAUGGGAUUCACUCGCCCACAAGCUCUCAAAGCCCUCAAAGCUACAGAUAACAAUGUUGAGAGAGCUGUUGACUGGGCAUUGAGUCAUGCAGCUGAGUUGGAUGCUGAAAUGGAGACUGAUGAUGGCACUUCUGCAGCUGAAGCAGCACAACCUGAAUAUCGAGAUGGGUCUGGAAAAUACAAAUUAGUUGCCUUUAUUAGCCACAUGGGCACUUCGACACUUGUGGGACAUUAUGUCUGUCACAUCUUGAAAGAUAACCACUGGGUCAUCUAUAAUGAUGAGAAAGUGGCCCUGUCAGAGAAUCCACCAAAGGACCUUGGCUACCUCUAUCUCUACAAGAGAAUAUGA